CAAACAAAUUUCUCUCGUGCUCUUAUGCGUACGCAGACUCACCACCACCGGCACAAACGGGGAACGUCGGCCGGGUCUGGUGUGUUGCGGGCGCUGAUAACACGAGCGCGCUCCCAUGCGGCGUCUACCUGCUCGGAACAGGAAGAAGGCAUUCACGCAUUCAGAUCAGAGUCGGGUACGGUCACCACGUAUUCAGUACCCGACGGCCUCUUCAGUUUUACCUUGGACUCUCGCGUGUGCUGUUGUGGAUAGUGUCGUGCGGCCGUGUCGUAAGCCCGCGUUCGUUCGCCCCUUUCUAGAGGCUGCCGCGUUCUACCGCAGUGUUUGGGAAAGGUACCCAAGUCUUAUCGUGUUUCGUACGCUGCAGUUUCUUCCGUUCGGGCGGUUUUCGGUGCCGACGCGCACCAGUUUGUGGAGUGUCAGUUCGCUGCUGUCAGAGAUCGCUACCUCCAGCUGACCCAGAGCUCUUUGCCAUGUGGUAACCAAAGCCUGUGCUCCUCCCCGCCGCCACCACCACCACCAACACCACCAUGGGCCGUUCGCAGUCGAAGGAGCAACCGGGCGGCAAUAAUCCGUGGGAGGCGGAAAUGGUCCGGAAGCAGCGGCGCGAACAAACGACCCGCGAGCUGACCCAGGAACGGCGGGAACAGGAACGGCGUGCCCUGAAGGCACGCCAGCGCGCCGAAAAGGAGGCCAAAAAGCAGCAGAAGAAGAAGAAGAAAUCGGCACGGAAGAGCAGCAGUGCGGGCGGGAAGAAGCAGCGGAAGUCGAAGCUGGACGAGCUGCGCGACACGGAACCGCCACCGAUCGUGCGCAAGUCCAAGGCCAAGCUGGAGGAAAGUGAUUACGAUUCGGAAGCGAAACGGCGGAUGCAGCACCAGCUCGCCUUCAACAGUGAUAUCUUCGUGCUCAACCAGCUAGUGCUCGGUGUCCAGUUUUUCGGCAACUUUGAAAGGGAAAUGUGGGAAACGGUCGAACGGAAUCGUAACGAGGAAAAUCGUCGUAACGGCAAGACGUCACGCCACUGCAAAACUGUCAUCCUGCCCGACCGUCUACUGGAAGCGGUGGACAUGCGUGUAAAGUUCUAUGCAAAACACGGGCUGCACAAAAAUCGACUACUACCUCUCCAUACGCAGACCUGCUACGUCGUGCAUGACAACAUCGAAAUCACGAACCCUGGCGAUAGCUCCGUCUACAGUAUCCUUACCGAUGCGCCCAUCUACAAGCUCGAGAUCGAGGACGCGCUCGAUGACAAGCUGAAGCAGACGAGCGACGGUGCGGUGCGAAAGCGCCGGACCAACUGUCACCACGGUUACAUCAAGCUGAAGAGUGUCGAGUUUAUUAAGCCCAACAAUCCGCCCACGCUCGACAGGAUGUCGGCCGCCCAGCGGAUCAUGUCCUACGGCGCGGAACCGGGCCCGAGUGGACUAAGCCAGAAGCUCGUCUCGGCGAACGGCAUGUCGAAGGUGAACAGUCUCAGUGAAAGUGAUACUCUCGAGGAUGAGGAGGACGACGAUGAGGAUGAUGAUGAUGGCGAUGAGGAUGAUGAUGAAGAGAAUGGUCGGGAAGGUAAUCGCUUCACCAAGCUCAAGUACCGCGACAGCAUCAUGGUGAAGUAUCCGAAGGUGGGGAAUGGAGUUUAUGGUAAGAAGCAACCGCAGCUGAUGCUGGCAAACGCUGGCGUACCUUCAACCUCGACCAGUUCUACCUCUCCGCCCAGCAGUGAGUAUGACUAUGCGUACAUUACGGCGAUCAACACGCAUCAACCGUUGAGCGUGAUGCGAUCGGCCGGUGGUGAUGAAGCGCCAGUCAGUACGACGGUCCUGCCGGACUACUGCAUCACGACGAUAAGCUGUCCGAUCGAGGUGAACGAAGGCUACUACAGUGACGACGAGUCGGAAGGGACGGACAAGCUUAGCUCGCUGUACCUCGUAAAGGCGAACGGUGGUGCGGGUGGCAGUAGUAGGCAGGGUGGUGGUAAGACGAAUCACCUGCAUCAUCAUCACAGCAAUCCGGAGUACACGACCGAGCGGAGGCAAUAUCUCAACUCAAAGGGCUUCCUGGCGUACUUCGUGAACCUGUUCCAAGAUACGCUCGCCUCCGAGUUGGACAUUCCUGCGGAGGAUCUUCGCAACGCUACGUGGAAGGGUGCGGUCGUGUACAGUGGCCAGUGGGAGAUCAUACCCGCGAUCCUGUGCCCUUGGCCACGGGAAGCCAUCGAAUGGGUGCAUCGUAAGCGUGACGUUAAGAUCAAUCCACUGACGCGCCAAAAGUUCCAGUGGCCGACGCAACCAAUGAUCCAGAAGGUUAAAUCGUUCGGCUGUCACGUCAUACCGAUCGGAUACGCACCGAAACAGGGCCAGAACCGGUACCGGCAGCUCGAGUGGAAGAUUGUCUUUCCCGAGGCGGAACGUUACCUGGAAAGCUGCCUCACCGGGACGCAGAUCAAGAUCUACAUGAUCACGGUGCUGCUGCUGAAAACGUUCGUCGAGCCGAACCUGACGCCCGGCAUGAGCAUGUUCGGUAUGGAACACCUGCGAGCUCAUCUGUUCUGGCAGUGUGAAACCAACUACGCUGCCUGGCCGGAAGACUAUCUCGGGGAGGCACUGUUGCGCUUUCUAAACGCACUGCUCGAUCGCAUCAAGACGCACACACUGCCCGAUUACUUUCUGCCAAGCCGGAACCUGUUCGAGAACGUCCCGGAACGGGUACUGGUGGAGCUUCACAAGCGCAUCUUUCGCAUCACGGAAAACCCGGUCAUGCAUAUGCUGAUCGCACUGCGUAAUCUGAAGCUACCAAGUGCCCGGUUAACGUUCUAUCCGAAGAUACGCAUAAAGCGACUUUACUCGUUCCUGGUGAUAGACAACCCGCUCAAGAUCGUCAAUCCGAUGUUGCGCGACGAGGACGAGAACCUGGCCGCGGAAGACUCGGACGAGAACGAUGCGAACGAGCGGGAGAUUGCGGUCGGUUCGAUGGCGUACUACAACCAACAGGAGGUUGAAUCACGUCGCAAGAGGACGCGCAUCGUACGGUUCCUGGUGGCGGAACAGCUCAAGAAGGAACGAGCGGUCCAACCGGAACGUCGCCAGUCAGUUGAAUCGAUCGAUUUGACGUUUGUCUUCAACUUUCAGUUUCUGCCCCUCAAACACAUGGAGAACCUACGUCGGCAGCUGAUCUACGGGCUGUUCGUGGAGCACUUCAUCGAGAUGGCCCGGGUGUCCUGUGGCUUUCGAACGCUCAACCAGGCGUUGAUAUAUCUACGCCAGGCCGAGCGACUCUGCAAUCUACUCGCCGAUGACGAGGGCAUCGAAGAGGCCCGACAGUUCCUUAACCAGAUAUACGGGCUUCGGCAAGAGCUGGCCAAGGCUAAUGCGAAGGGUGCCGACCGGCCGGCACUACCGAAGCGUACCAGCACCAACGAACAGCGUCCGAUCGUCAGCCGGAAGGUGUCGGUCGCCCGUCAAAACAGUAAACGCACCACGUACACCAAUGUUCGCCAACCGUCAGCCGGUGGAAAACGACAGCAGCAGCAGCAGCAGAAGCAGCAACAGCAACAGCCACGCUUCUUUUCGCCCGACAACGAAGACGACGAGGACGACGAUGACGACGACGAUGAGUGGGAAGAUAUCGAGCGGAAGGAGUUGGGCACCGGACGUGGCCAACGGCGCACGUCCCGACCGCGCUCGUCACAGCCCGCUGGCGGGUUAAGGCGAAUGCCGUCGCAGCAGCAGCAACAUCAGCAGCAGAUUAGUGUUCAGAUUCACGCACCAAAGUCACAGGGCGGCCCACGGCGAUCCAACGGGCCGCGUCGUUCGUCCGACGACAUCGACGACAUCUCUCGGCUAUUGGGGAACGUGACGGUCGCGCCGAGACAGGGCUACCGAUAGUUACCAGGAGAUAUAAGGAGCGUUAGGGAGAGAGCGAGAGAGUUAGCACCCAAUGAAGGUUAGGAACACCCCUUUCUGUGAUAAAUGGUACCGGGAACUGUGACAGGGAGCCGCUGAUGCCUAAUGGCUGCGUUUGGCAGACAUCUGCUUCGCGAAAGCAAAUCAAAAUCUUAUCGUAAACGUAAACUGCUUGUAAUAGAGAACGGCCUGAUGCUACUACUACCAUAAACGAACCUCUACAAUACUUAUCGACCCCCGCUUUAACCGAUACGGUUACCGGCAAUAUGUAUUAAGCAACUGCGCGUCAUGUGUAAAUAGCGUCCAUUUGAUAAAAUACAUGCAUUUCGCUGAAGUACUA